AUGGUCUUGCCGAAGCUCCGGCACGGGGAGCAGCAAGGGGCGGCAGAGGCAACGGAGGCGCUGGCACGCUCACAUCAGAGCAGAAGAUCACGGGCGUCUCUGGAGCAUCGAGCAGGAGCAGCAGCGAGGCGAGGCGCUAGAGGGCGCGGCGCGGCUGGACGAAGGCCAUGGCCGCGGUCGAUGGAUGAAGGCAAGGCGACGCAACGGCGAAGGGGCAUGGCUCCGGCGGAGCUGCUCGCUGGCGGUGGCCGGAGGCAGAGGCGGGGAGGCGGCGGCGAUCCAGCGAUGUGGGGCAGGAAGGGGAGGCGCGAGGAAGGAGGGGCCUGCAUGGGCGCGCGCAUAGGGCGGCGGCCUGCUGGUGGUCGGGAACUCGCGGGCACGCCAUCAGCAGAGGACGGCGCGCGGGGCUCUGCUCCUCUCUGCGUGGAUGGCAGCGCGAGAGGAGGAGAGGGAGACGAGCGAGAGCAGGGGAAUCGAGCAGGAGGCGGCGCUGGAGGAAAGAUUGAGAGGAGGGGGGUCGGGCUAGGUCUCCUGGCGGCGAGGGUUAGAGCUGGGCGCGGCUGGGCCUAG